UCAGCAGAAAGGGCAUGAUGAUGAUGAUGAUGAUAACAAUAACAAUAACAACAACAAUAAUAAUAAUGAUUAUGAUGAUGAUGGUAAACUGGCCCAACUGAUGCCAAAGGCUUUCAGAAAAAUGACUAGCAUACACAGAUGAGGAUCCUGACAAGCACAAGCAUUCCUGAUAAUUGUUUUAUUAUCAAACCCAUGGAACAUUGUCUCCUUUGUGUUUGCACAAUUCAUCGACCAGCAGAACUGCUAGUGAAGGAUGACAUCUUAAUGGGGGAUGAUGGGGGAUAUGUAAAUUUGUUUACCAUGACCAGUGAUGACUUUGGACUAAAGCAAUCUAAAUCUAAAAAGAAAGCACAAAUUAUGGUUAUCGAUUCUAGGAGAUUCAAAAAUAUCAAACGCAAGCUACAUGAUGACUGGGUUGUGAAAGUAAAAUACUUUCCAGCUUUGAAUUGUUUUGGAUCCUGUUCUUUGGACAGUGUUCAUUCUUUGGUAUUGGAUGACCUGAAAAGACUAGAAGAUAACAUACCUGUCAGGGAUUUCUCAGUACCAAGAGGAGUUAAUGCUUUCACAUACUGUGGAAAAGCCAAUAUUGUUGUUACUGGGGGAGAUGAUAAAAUCCUUCGUUUGUGGCAUCCUAACAUCAACACCAAGCCAGUGGGAAAGCUGAUGGGCCAUUUAUUUAGUAUCACUGAGAUUGUCACCAAUGAAAAGGACCAGCACAUUAUUAGCCUUUCUACUGCAAAGAUUUUCAGAGUAUGGGAUAUCCAUACACUUUCACUGAUGCAAGUCUUCCAUGAUUCCCAAGGAGGGCCUAGAGAAACACAGAUCUUUGCUAUGAUGUUUGACAAUAACCAUGGCACACUUAUUACAGGAUCAGCUGUCAUUGAUGUUUACCCUCUGACACGAAUUAUACAAGACACAAAACAGGUCCCCCAGACACACGAGAGGGGCAUCAAUGUGCUGGUUUACAACAAAGUCUUUCGCCAGAUUCUUACUAUCUGUUCCGAAUCUAUUGUAAAGGUCUGGGAACUCGAAUCAGGCCAACAAAUAUACCAGAUUGAGGAUGCCCAUGGGCCUAAUGUUGAGUUGACAUGUGCAGCAAUUGAUAAAAAUGGAUUCCACCUUGCCACUGGGGCAUGUGACGGGACUGUGAAAACAUGGGAUUUUGGAAGCGGACAGGAACUUAAAGUUUUGCCUUUAACCAGGGAAAGCAAAGAUAAUGAACACUGGCUGAUGCAGAUGGUUUACCUGAAGGCUAGUGAGAGUAGACAUGUCAUCUUGGUCUUGGAGUAUAGUGGAACUAUCAAAAUUGUUCAGGGUAAUGAAGGUGAAAUUUACUUAUGUGUUACUUGGGAGCUUCCUGAAGCUGUAUCACUUGCUCUACAAGGCAAUGCACUCAUGUCCCUAAAACUGAGUCCUAAUGCCAAGAAAAAUAAUGGAUUUUUUCCAGAUGUUCAAGUAUUGCUUGAUAAGGAGCCUCAGAAAUCAAAUAUACAGUUACCUGUUAAGACGGAAGUGAAAUGCCUUGAUCUGCUAAGAGUAGAAGGUUACAAUUUAUUAGCUACUGCAAGUGCCAAUGGUGCUAUCAUCAUGUGGGAUUUUGAAUCUGCUACUGCAAGACACAUAUUUAAAGCUGGCAACACCAUUCAAGCAGAUAGAACUGAAUUAUUUGGAAUUAAUGGCUUACUGUUCCUUUAUCGAAGUGUCCUCUCUGAGAGGCAGCUCAGCGAGUCUUCCACCUACAGUUCAGAUCCUCAGAGCGAUGUCAGUCCUACACAGGACACAGAAGGCAGCACCAUAAGCAUCAAGAAAGAAUGCAUUAAAAGUGAAACUGAUACCAAACCAGCCGUUUCAGAAGCAAAACUUACAGAGUCACCUGUCUUGGAGAGCAAAGGAAUAGCAUCUGUUUUAUUAGAAGCACAUAGUCAAGAAACAGAACGUCAGUCAAUACCCAUACUUGCCUCUGCCCAUGAAGACGGUUUUAUUUAUCUCUGGACUAUAACGGGAGAUCUACUGAGAGAAAUUUUACCUUUCACAAAACAUCCUCCAAUUCCUUUGACAGCACUGUGCACUGGCGUAUCAGCUAAAAUGCUUUUGGCUGCUAAUAAAGAGGGGCAUGUUAUCCGAUGGAAUAUUGGCUCAUUCUUAGAAGAUCCACUGGAUACGAACAAGCAUGUAAAGCAGCAAAUUUGCUGGAGAGCUCAUUCCGCCAAAAUAGUCAGCUUGUUCUAUGAAGAAGAAAAAAGCCUAGUGGUGACUGCUUCUAGUGAUAGUUCUGUCAGGCUCUGGCAUUCACCCAACGGACACUACUUUGGCUAUUUUGGCCAGCGCAGAUUGUUUGAACUUUCUGAAUCCACUGAUAUAAUUUUGCCCUGUGACGUAAAUGAAAUUCCCUUCACAAUAAGAGAUGACAGCAAGUAUAUGGAGAAAAAGCAGAAAUUUGAAUAUCCACUGGUUCUUGACAGAGAGAGGUGGAAGACUCUGACUAGAUCUUCUUUAACGUUGAAAAAGCCUGGCGCUUUCGAAGUCGAUCAGGAUUUCAAGUUUUUCAAAGCCCUGGCUUCUCCUAAGAUUCACAAAUACCCUCUAGAAAGUUUCAAAUCUGGCAGCAAAGAUACUGGUGUUGUAUUUGGGUCUAUACCUAUAUACAGGGUUGCAAGUCCUCCAAGAAUGAAAACUAUUGCUACAAAGGAUCAGAUUGAAUCUGUUGACAAUUUGACCAAGCGAAGCAGAAUUAUUUCUAAUUCACCACCACGUUUAAACAACAGGAAAGGUGUAUAAUCCAGUCGGAUACCAGUAACAUCACCUUCUUACUCCCCCACUAUUCCCAAUCCAAGUAUGAAAACCGCAAAACAGUAAGGUGUGUUGCAACAAACAUCGGUGAAAAUAAA